AUGCAUGAAACACCAAUUGAUACUAUGCAUGAAACACCAAUUGAUACUAUGCAUGAAACACCAAUUGAUACUAUACAUGAAACACCAAUUGAUACUAUACAUGAAACACCAAUUGAUACUAUACAUGAAACACCAAAAAUUACAAUAAGUGAAACUAUAGCCCAAACCAAAAUUGAAACCAUAUCUGAAACACCUAUUGAAACUGUAUAUGAAACAAUUUCAAACACUUUGAUUGAAACCCCAAUUGCAGAAGGCAUUCAUCCAUUUUCUUCAACUUCUACUUCUAGCAAAAAUCCAUCAUCCACAAUUCAAAGUGGAGCAGAAAAUGCAUCAAGUGUUAAAUCAACAAAAAACAAAUCUUUAAUAUGGAUAAUUGUUGGGAUAUCCCUUGGGAUUUUACUUCUGGUUACCAUCUUUAUUAUAUUUGUUUUGGUUCAUAAGAAAACUUCCAAUCCAGAAUUUUCUGAAUCAACAAAUGAAGUUGAAGAUAUUCCCGAAGAAACAGUAAUACCACGAGAAGUUAUUACUGAUGUUACUAUCGACAACCCUAUUUUUACAACUACAAUGGAUGAUUGUGAACACAGUGAUCCAUUUAACAUGGAUUUUCAGGAAUCUACAAUAGAAGAACUGUUCCUAUAA